CAAAUUCAAGAACUAGGACUGAUCCAAAUGUAAACGUAGAAGAGCCCCAUUAGCUAUUUCAAGAGACACACAUGCAUAUGACAAAGAAAGUUGCGUCGAUUUUUUCAUCAAAGAAACUUACCUCCCCACAAAUCAGUCAUGGCUGCUUCCGAUGAGAAAACGUCUCCGAAGAUCUUUGAUUACUGGAUAAGAAACCGCCCAGCCAAAUCUACUGUUCUCUACUACACCAUCAUGUUUCUGGUUUUCUUACUUGUCAUCAAUGUUGUAAGUAUCUUGUCUAAUUCCCCGCGAGCCACAUAUGGCCUGAGAAGUAUUCAGAAAACUCUUGGCAAAAAAGAAACUCCAAAAGCUGAUGAUGAACCAGUUGAAUCACCAUCAAUUGUCGCGCAAGUAGAGGAAGAGGAAGAUCCUCUGGUCCCACCAGAAAACUUGUCCAGGGAAGAAAGAAUGGCAUGGUUCAGAACCCAACUUCCGAAACUUGAUAUACUCAAACCAUGCAAUUCAUCACAGCAUUUUCACACGAGAGUCCUGAGCUUCCUCAACAACAACUGUUCUGAAUUGUUUCACAUUAUAUGGUUAUCACCGGCUAAAUCAUUUGGGAAAAGAGAAUUCCUGACUCUAGAUUCAUUCUUCAAAGUCUACCCGGAAGGAUGCUUGGUGGUUCUAUCAAACACCAUGGAUUCCGUGCGUGGAUACAGAAUUCUGAAACCAUUUCUUGAUCGCGGAUUGAAAGUCACAGCAAUUACUCCGGAUUUGCCUUUCUUGUUCAAGGACACUCCAGCUGAAUCAUGGCUUGAAGAGAUCAAAAGAGGGGAGAGAGACCCUGGUAAUAUCCCCUUGUCCCAGAAUCUAUCUAAUCUCAUAAGACUAGCAAUGUUGUACAGGUAUGGAGGAGUCUACAUGGAUGCGGAUAUGAUAAUUCUGAAGGAUUUCACACAUUUCAGAAACGCAGUAGGAGCCCAGAGUGUGGACCCUGUGACUAGAAAAUGGUCAAGACUAAAUGGUGCAGUAAUGAUAUUUGACAUUCAACAUCCAAUUCUAAUAGAUUUUAUGCAAGAAUUCGCAACAACUUUCGAUGGGAAUCGAUGGGGUUAUAAUGGGCCUUACUUAGUCUCCAGAGUUAUACAGAGAGUUGGCACCACCCCAGGAUACAACCUCAUGAUUUUGCCUCCAAAAGCCUUCUUUCCCGUGGAUUGGGUUAAAAUUGUCAAGCUGUUCAAGAAGCCAGAAAAUGAAUUAGAAGCCAAAUUGAUGGGAAAUAGGUUUGUUGAAUUACUAUAUGAUGGGGAGACUUAUACAAUUCACAUGUGGAACAAGAUUAGUAAAGUGACUGAGAUAGAACAGGGAAGUGUCAUUGCAAGAUUAACCUCUGCGCGUUGUGUUGUCUGUGUCAAUAUCACAGGCAGUUGAUGUGCCAAGGUUCAAAGACAAGAAUGGAGGCAUCUUCGCAUAUGAAUGUUUAGAGAUACAUUUGAUAUCUACUGCUCUAUCGGUUUGUAAUUUUGUUUACCGUCACAAAAUAAAGAGAGAAAUUUUGUGCUUUGUUUUAUAAGAAUUUUCUGUUAAUUGCAAA